GUUCAAGCGUUGAGGACCGAGGGUGUUUGUUGUCUACUGUUUUCCCACCUUGCAUCAUGAGAAUCGAGUUCUUGUGAUUCCACGAACUAAAUCCAAGGGAGACUUGCAAACUUAUUUGUGAGUGAAUCAUUCAAGUGUGUGCAUUAACGACUGGCUUUCCCCCCAAUUUGAAACAUAAUUUCCCUCUGCUCAAAACGUGCUGUGUCUUUCAAAAAAGAUUCGACCAGAGUUUCCUGAACUUGACCUUUUUGUGUGAGCCAGUGUCUGUGUGUGUGUGUGUUGUGCCAGUGUGUGUGUGUGUGUGUCGCUGCAGAGGCGUUGUACGACAAACCGAAAUCAAAAGGGGCGAGGACCGCUACAGCACACACGAACAUGACCGGAACUAGGAGGUGGCCGUGCCGGCCGGUGAUGCUCUGCUGGCUCUCGCUGCUGGCCGCUGCUCAUUUCAUUUCCGCGAUGGAGCAAUUAAGCGCAGAUCACAUCAAGAGCUUCACGUGCGGGAAACUCUACUACCGGACGUCUUACCUCGAUGCCAAACGGGAUGUCCUCUACGUCGGCGCCAUGGAUCGAGUCAUCCGCAUCAAUCUCCACAACGUCAGCGACACCAACUGCGAGACGGAUUCGUUGACCUUGGACCCCUCGCAUGUAACCAACUGCAUCUCAAAGGGCAAGAGCGAGUUUUACGAUUGUCGCAAUCAUGUUCGCGUCAUCCAGCCCAUGGGCGACGGAUCCCGGCUCUACGUCUGCGGCACCAACGCCCACAACCCAAAGGACUGGGUCAUCAACGCCAACUUGACGCAUUUGGGACGCAACGAGUACGUCCCCGGAGUUGGGAUGGGUAUCGCCAAGUGCCCGUUUGACCCGAGCGACAACUCGACGGCCGUGUGGGUCGAGCGCGGCAAUCCGGGCGACUUGCCGGCCCUCUAUUCCGGCACCAACGCCGAGUUCACCAAAGCCGACGCCGUCAUCUUCCGCACCGAUUUGUACAACUACACGACGGGCCGUCGCGAGUUCACGUUCAAGCGGACAUUGAAAUACGAUUCCAAAUGGCUGGACAAGCCCAACUUUGUGGGAUCGUACGACAUUGGUGACUACGUCUACUUCUUCUUCCGCGAAACGGCCGUCGAGUACAUCAACUGCGGCAAGAACGUCUACUCGCGCGUGGCCAGGGUCUGCAAGAAGGACAACGGCGGCAAGAACAUUCUCUCACAAAACUGGGCCACCUUCCUCAAAGCUCGACUCAACUGUUCCAUCCCCGGAGAAUUCCCUUUCUAUUUCAACGAAAUCCAGAGCGUUUACAAGGUGCCGGGCGACGACACGCGUUUUUACGCCGUCUUCACGACGUGCCAGAACGGACUGACGGGCUCGGCCAUUUGCGUCUUCACCACGGCCGACGUCCACACGGCCUUUUUGGGCAAAUUCAAGGAGCAGGCCUCGUCCAGCUCGGCCUGGCUCCCCGUGCUCUCGUCCAAAGUGCCCGAGCCGAGACCGGGCCAGUGCGUCAACGACACUCAGACCCUGCCCGACACGGUCCUCAAUUUCAUCCGCAAUCACCCGCUGAUGGACGAGGCCGUUUCGCACGAGAGCGGCGUGCCCGUCUUCUUCAAGGGCGACGUCGCCUUCUCGUCGCUCGUCGUCGAACGACUCAAAGUCGAGGACCCCGUCGACGUUAAACACUACACAGUCUACUACGCCGGAACAAUCGAUGGCAAGGUCUACAAAGUGGUUCAGUGGUUCGACAAGACCAGCCAACAGGGUAAAUCGGAGCUGUUGGAUAUCUUUGAAGUCACAUCACCCGAACCCAUCCGCAUGAUGGAAAUCUCGCCCAAACACAAGUCGAUUUACGCCACGUCGGAUCACAGGAUCCGCCAAGUCAACAUGGUCAUGUGCAACGGACGCUACGACAACUGCCUCCGCUGCGUACGCGAUCCUUACUGCGGCUGGGAUAAAGAGUCCAACUCUUGUAAACCAUACGCAUCUGGAUUGCUGCAAGACGUCUCGAGUUCGUCGCCCGGUAUUUGCGACGCCUGCAUCGCCAAGAAGCGACUGCUGGUGACGUGGGGCCAGGCCGUCCAUUUGUCUUGCGCCAUCAAAUUGCCCGAGCCCAUGUCCUCCAUGCCAGUCACUUGGUAUUACUACAGCCGAGAGAAGGGCCAAUACCAGCUGUCCUUCAGGCCCGACAAGUACAUCCAGACAGCCGAGCAAGGGAUGGUGAUUAUGGGCGUGACGGAACAAGAGGCCGGACGCUACGACUGUCGGUUAGGAGCCGACACGUUGUGCAGUUACAACAUCACGGUCGAUACGCAGCGGUGCGCGGCGCCCAGCAAGUCACACGAUUACCAGAAGGUCUACUCCGACUGGUGUCACGAAUUCGAGAAAUACAAAAUGGCCAUGAAAACGUGGGAGCGAAGGCAGCUGCAAUGCAACAGUCGGCAAACUAAUGACAGCGCCAGCAGCAAUCAGAACGCUCACCCCAACGAGAUCUACCCACGGAGUCCUUUGGUCUGAACGAGAUUAAAGGCGAAGGGCGGAUGGAAACGGGGAUUCGACGGGAAUGUUUUCAAAGUGCGCGUCCGGGUGACGUGCACACAAGUUGGCUCAAUGGCAUCCCUUUCAACACACACACACACACACACACUCGCAAUCACAACUCUGAAAAAAAACAAACAUCCAAUGGUGAUGAACACACUGAAACGAAAAGAGAACAAACAAAACAAAAAUGUGUGAGGACCCACAUCGAGUGUGUGUUGUGUUUCCUUUUUCUAUCUCUUCAUCUCUCUUUGUGUGUUUUUUUUUUUUUUUUUUUAUAAUUUUUUCAAAUUUUUUGGAUGUGUUCCUCCUCUCUGUUUUUCUAAAUCAAUUAUCCUUCCUUCUCGUCCUGCGCAGAAUCCAUUUCCCCCAUUUCCUUUCAUUUGGUUUUAACGGGCAAACGAAACGAGUUCGUCAUUUUUUCACAAACGGACAACACAAAAUUUAGAAGAAAACUAAAGACACACAUUUAAUUUCCCCUUAUUUUAGUCGACAGAUCUGUUUUGCUGAAUCUCUCUUUUUGCCUAUUUUUCAAGUUUUGAUCUGAUUUUGACACCCUACUCGUUUCAAAUUUACAAGAGAAGAUAAGGAAAGAAACAGACCUCUAUAAAGCGAAAAAAAAAAGACUAUCCAACCAAUCAUGUAAAUAUGAACCAACGAUAAAGAAAAUGCUGAUGUUAACUGCGCUGUAUCACAGAUGAUAUGAAAUUUAGCGGUUAGUGGAAUCGUCGGCGUAGACUCGCCUGUCUGGGGUCGAAGCAGUAUUCUUUUUUUGAGUUAGUGUUUUGUGCGGAACAAGCGGGACUGGGCUUGAGGUUGGUCUAAAUUUUUUUUUUUUUAUUAAAUUGAAAAAAACAAUUAUGGUAUAAUUCGUUUUUUGUUCUUGAUCAAGCAUCUGACCUUUCUACUGUCCUCCAUCGAUUCACUCGUGUCUCUUUCAAGUGGCCUCCUCCAUCCUUUUUCGAAUCUCUCACCUCCUCUUUUCUGUGUGUACAUGUACAAUGAAUUUUUUUGCCAAGAUGUUACGACAUUCCACUUCUUGCCGUUUUUCACCAGCUUUUUUUUUUUUUUUUUCGAAACUGAUCGCUAUUCGUUUCUUGUUUUUUCUCUCUUUAUCUCGUUGCAUCUUUGGUCCUUCCUCGAACAAGACAAAAGCCUGACUCCUCCUGGUUCUUUCAUAUCAUCCGCCACGCCAUUUUGAUUUUUGAUUUUUUUUUCUCCCUUUAAUUAUCCUCUGUUCGCUUGAAUGUGAUCGACUUCAUCAUUUUGUACCUUUUCCUUUCCUACUGAAGGAUCAGUAGAUCACCCUGUGCGCCUCUUUUCACAGUUGUCGACUAUAUUAUACUACCUGGCUGCUCUCCCACCUCACGAUCCUAUAUUAAUGACCACAUCAAAUGCCUCCCCUUUUCGUUUGAUUACUUUAGCCAUCGAUCAAAUAACACUGUCGAAUUUGCCCCCCGUUCUGGAUCUGAAAAAUGUGUGACGAAAUUUGUGCUUUUUUGUUUCUUCUCUCACUUUCUUUGUUUUAAUUUAAGAAUUUUUCUUGACUUGCGUGUUUUUGUGGUGAAAACGAGAAAAAAAAAAAAAAACUUUCUUCGAGCAACAACUUCACUCCUACGAAAUGAUUUUGAUGAUUUGGAGAAGGAAAACAAUGUGCUCGUUGAAAAUGGAUCUAUUUUAUUUUGAUCUUUAUCAUUCAUCUCAUGUUCUUGUGCAGCUACUUUCCAAUACAAAACGAUCGAAAGAGUA